AGCUGCCUUCAUUUGAUCUUCUGUAUUGAUAUAAUAUAGGAGAGGAAUCAGAUGGAAAAAUAUGGCCUACGUUCUCGCACAUUGAAAGGUGAAUUAUUUGCUAUUUUAUCUGAGCAAGGAAAUGGUGGACUAACAGUUUGUGAGUUGGCAAAAGCUCCGCAGGUUGUUGCACUGGACCUACCAAAUACUAACAAAGAAGUAGAAGAACAAAUAUGCUUGACUCUAUCGAGUGAUAUUACAUUAUUUGAGAAGAUUGCUCCUUCUGCUUAUCGCCUUCGUAUAGGCCCGGAUAUUAAAGGAAAGGAGGGUCAUCAAUCUGAUAGUGAUGAUUCGGGCAGCGUGGAUGACAAUUUUAGUGCUAGUAGCAGUAAUGAUGAGUCUGAUGCUUCUGAGGAGUUGAACUCAACUGGUCAGAGAACCAAAAGAUACAAAAGACGGUGUAAAAGAACAGGCCAGCAGUUGACAGAAUAUACUGAAAUUGAUGAGAGUUAUUCAGGGGAAGCAUGGGUAUUAGGUUUGAUGGAGGGUGAAUACUCAGAUUUAAGCAUCAAUGAGAAGCUGGAUGUUUUAAUUGCUCUGCUUGACCUUGCUGGAGCUGCUUCCGUUUAUAGAAUGGAGGAAUCUGGGAAAACCCUACCAGCCACCAUGCCUAAUUCGUGGUGUCAUGGAUCAGGUGCAAAAAUAAAGAAAUCAUCAACACGCAGCCACCAACAAGAUUUAGAAAUUAUCUCAGGAGCCUCUAAAGGGGUGAAAACCUCCAUAGCAAAUGGUACUGAAGCUGAAGACAAAUCUCAGCCUGAUAUACACCAAGUGCAAUCAGUCCAUUUAGGAUAUGAUCGCAGGUACAAUAGUUAUUGGCUCUUUCUUGGUCCUUGUGAUGCACAUGAUCCAGGCCACCGUCGGGUUUAUUUUGAGUCUUCUGAAGAUGGCCACUGGAAGGUCAUUGAUACAGCACAGGCCUUCGAUGCUCUAUUAUCAUCUUUAGAUUGCAGGGGUACACGGGAAGCUCAUUUGUUUGCAUCUUUGGACAAAAGAGCAAAUUCUCUUUGUCAAGCAAUGGACGAUUGGAUGACUAAUGAAUUUACUGGCAGGCAAGAGAGAGGGUGUUAUUCUACUGAAUUUGACAGUAAUAGUGGGGAUGGCUCUUCAGCUGUUUCCGAUGUAGACAAUAUCUCAAGGUCUCUAGAACCCAUAGACAGAGCUGCAUCUGGUGGCAUGGUUCUUGAACUUGGAAAGACUAGAAGAGAGGAGAAACAGAAAUGGGAUCGCUUGCAAGCAUUUGAUAAAUGGGUUUGGAAUGGUUUUUAUUCUCAUCUUAAUGCCAUUAAAAGAACUAAAAGGUCAUAUAUGGAAACAUUAACUCGAUGCCAGAGCUGCCAUGAUUUGUACCUGAGAGAUGAGAAACAUUGUAGAAUAUGUCAUCUUACUUUUGAAUUAGACUUUGAUCUUGAGGAAAAAUAUGCUGUCCAUGUAGCAACUUGUAGGACGAAAGAGGAUAGCUGUGAGUUUCCAAAGCAUAAGGUUCUGCCAUCACAACUGCAAGCUCUCAAAGCAGCAAUUCAUGCAAUCGAGGCAUGCAUGCCUGAAGCUGCGUUGUCAGCUGCUUGGACAAGGUCAGCUCAUAAUCUUUGGGUUAAGCGUCUUCAACGCACAUCAUCCUUGCCAGAACUUCUUCAGGUUGUUACUGAUUUUGUUGGGGUCAUAAAUGAAGAAUGGUUAUAUGGAUGUGCUUCUAAAUUAGGUAGCCAUGCUGCUCUGGAUGACAUAAUUGUAUGCUUCCAGACUAUGCCGCAGACAACCUCUGCUGUUGCACUUUGGAUGGUUAAAUUGGAUGCUCUUAUUGCUCCUUGUUUUGGAAAAGCUCAACCACAACAAGCAGAAUGUAGGCCUCAGUUAAGAGGAAGGCCCUCCUGAAUCAAGUUGCUGAAUGGCAGCAACUACACAACCCCUAAAGAUGGGGAAUUAGUUUUGAUGCUGUCGGAGCAUCCAGAAGAUGGAGGCAUGCGUAAUCUUCCUGCAGCAUUUCGAUUACUCCUGGUAUAUAUUUACUCAACCUUCACAAGGGGCAAAUGUGUCGCUUUGCUGGAUGUUACCAAUUUUGAUAUUCUUAAGGGUCUGGCAGUCAGCUGUUACUUCAGCUGCCCUAACAACGGCCAACUCAAAUGCCAGGUUUCAUUCUCAUACGGCUCCAUCGUUGUCAAUAACCAUUAUUUUUCCAUAUGGGUCCCUUACAUUUGUUUUCCUUUCGGCGGAGGCCUUGCGUCCGAACUUUGUUAAUUGUUAUUUUGCAAUGAGAGAAUUUUUUGGUCAUUGUGAUCUUCGAAAUAAAUUUUUUUGCCAUUUCAUGUAAUAUGUAAGAGAUUUGGUGAGGAAACUCUGGUUUUCUUGUAUAGACUCUUGAAAAUUUUGAUGCCUGGGAUAUGUUUGGUUUCAUUUACUAAAGGAAAAUAAUUUUGCUCGGGAGAGAAAGCUCGGGCAUUGUCACAAAA